GGUCAUCAAUUAUCAAACUUUUCCAACACUACCGUGGCAACUUUGAAUGAAAGUAAGUUUCGAUGUUCUAUGGACUGUGAGGAACUGAAGGUGUGGUUACUGAACAAAGGAAUUUCGAAGAAAGAUUGCAAAUUAUUUGAAGAGAAUGGAUUUACUGGUCAGUCUUUUCUAAUGUUGGAGGACUAGAUCAUCACAAAGCUAGGAGUUGGGAUGGGGGGUCAUCUGCUGCUGACUAGGCUUGUCCAGGAAGCUGUGUCUUAAUUCAAAGGAAAAGGGCAUAAACCAGUUUGUGUCAUCCCAAGAUACUGGAAGCUCAUCUCAGAAGAAAAGAUGGAACUCUGAGGCUUUCCAAAGUGAACUCUUGAAAGCUGCGAAGGAUUCAAACUUUGAUGCUCAAGAGGGAGUCAAGUGUCCGAAAGAUGUUGAUCUAAACCACUGGAUAGCUGUUAAUUUGGUGAAUUUCCAUCAUCGAAUUGCAGCCAUGAUAUCUGUAGUUUACAAUGAGUGCAAGUGUCCCCUAAUGUCAGGUACCAUUAUUUACUAUUGGACAGAUGAGCUGACAAGCCCUCUACGACUCUCUGCUGUAGACACAUGGACUUUCAUAAAAACUUUGUUCCACUGUGUCAGAAGAUGCUGACUCGGUUAUAUCGUGUAUUCAUUCAUGCCUUCAUUCACCACUCUAGCUCACUGCCAUCAGAAGUGAUGUACUUGCUCAGUUCAUGCCACAAGCACUUCUACUACUUUGUGAAGGAAUUCAAGCUUGUAAAGUCAGAUGAUUUGCAAAUAUUGAAGGACAAAAUUUAAAAGCUGCGACACCAACAUUAAUCACUGUUCUGUUUCUUUGUUUCUCUUGUUAUAGACUGCAUGUUGCUUACUUUGUACAUGUAGUACAUACUUUUCUUCUUUUGAUUGCACCUAAAAACUAAUUGCUGAGUAUAAUUAUAUAAUGCCAUGCACAAAUUACGUUUAUACCGUUUAUAAUUUAUUGCAAGUUGCAAAAAGGUUUUGGGCAUGCAAGUGCGUUGUACCGUACAAUCAUGGCCUUUGUUGAAACCAGCUGUCUUUUACCUCUUGCUACCGUAUAUCCCAACUACGUACAUCACGCACACGUGCACAGUAUAUCACAUCAUUAUAUAGUCAGGAGUCUCUGAAACCGUGCGGUACCACAAGCAGAAUUGUACAGCUCAUGCCACGGCACUAAAAGCUGUUGUUAUGCACUUAAUGCACCUUUAGUUGGCAGUUCGUUUGUUUGUCUCUAUAUGUGAAGAUGCUGGUGUACAUAUAUAUGUGUGUAAAUGUAUAUAGAUUAAGGGGUGCAUGUGUGUGCACUAAAUGUACACACGUCAUCCACAGAAACCACACAAUGUGUAUAUACAUUGAUUCACUGUUUUGCCAAUAUAGAAUGAUCGCAUGAUGCAAUUUAGGCACAUUUAAAGGUGAUAUCAUAAUACAAUAGGCACAAUUGUUGCACAGUUCAAUCAACUUCUAGGUUGCAUGGUAAUAUCAUAAGGUGUAGACUAUACAAUGAUCUAUAUUUGGUCCAGUGUGUGGGUUUAGCACCUAUCUUGAAACUAGAACACCUGGUAGCAUGUCUUUAGAGGUGUUCUGUUUUAAAACAUCGUAUCAUUGCACUUCCGUUGCAUGUUAACGAAUCUAACCACCAUGCACCCCUAUAUAAAGAGAAUCAUACCAUGCUUUUAUGAACAUUUCUCUUUGAUUUCACCGUCAAAGCAAUAAUGGUGACAUAUAUGAGCGCAUUCGGCCUUCUAUACUUGUCUUUUCUCUUCGUUUUUGAAGGACAAUGCAUCAGUAUUCAACCAGCUCCCCUUCUACCGAUCUGUGCAACUGUACUGUGUGCCUUCCCAGACUGCCUUAAUCCCAUACCACCAGGCCAUGGACAGUGCUGCCCCACAUGCCCUCCUGCAGAUGUUUGCAACUACAAUGAAAAUGUCUAUCAAGUUGGAGAUGUAUUCCCAGCGGAUGAUGGCUGUAACAAAUGCACCUGCAGCUCUGGUGGAUUAGUCGCAUGUACAAAGAUUUUCUGCCCUGAGCCUACCACUGAGCCUCCACCUCCUCCUACCUGCCCACCUGAUAAGCCCCUCGUCUUCUGCUUUGCCGACCCAUGCAUGUUUGCGACCUGCCCUGCCCACCCAGAUGCUGUUUGUGUAGCUGAUUACUGUGGAGGGUGUAAUGCUAGGUUCUUCAUUGGAAAGAAAGAAGUCACUGACACAUGCAAGUGUCCAGUCACAGGCCAGAUAUUCAAGGAGUGUGGGUCAGCCUGUCCUGCUAACUGCACCACCCCCAACCCUAUCUGCACACGUCAGUGUGUGGCAAGAUGUGAGUGUUCUGCUGGACAGGUUAUUGAUGAGAAGAAGAAUGAGUGUGUCCCACGUGAUCAGUGCCCAGCUGAAGUAUGUGUCAAGGACGGUGUAACUUACCAAGUAGGAGAUACCUUUCCUGCUGGAGACGAGUGCAACACAUGUACAUGUCAAGCUGGUGGCCAAAUAGCCUGCACAGAGAUCGCAUGUCCUGAUGUGUGUGUUCAAGGCGAGGUCAUAUAUGAAGUUGGUGAUAACUUCCCUGCUGGUGAUGGCUGCAACAAUUGUGGCUGCAUUCGCCCCAAUACGAUUGUGUGUACUCUCAUAGCUUGUCCUGAGCCUACCACUGAGCUUCCACCUCCUCCUACCUGCCCACCUGACAAGCCCCUCGUCUCCUGUUUUGCUGACCCCUGCAUGUUCGCAACCUGCCCCGCCCACCCAGAUGCUGUUUGUGUAGCUGAUUUCUGUGGAGGGUGCAAUGCUAGGUUCUUCAUUGGAAAGAAAGAAGUCACUGACACAUGUAAGUGUCCAGUCAAAGGCCAGAUAUUCAAGGAGUGCGGGUCAGCCUGUCCUGCUAACUGCACCACCCCCAACCCUAUCUGCACACGUCAGUGUGUGGCAAGAUGUGAGUGUCCUGCAGGACAGGUUAUUGAUGAGAAGAAGAAUGAGUGUGUCCCACGUGAUCAGUGCCCAGACAACUGUCCACCAGUAUGCACUGCUGCAUUCUGUAAGAGGAACAAAUGGGCUAAGUGUACCAUGCCUGGUCCUCGUGAGAUUCCAGGAUGUACUGGUACCUGCCAGUUCACAUUUUGCUCGGCUUGCUACUUCUCUGAGGAGCCACGUCCACUUCCUGGUUAUUGCCCGUUAUGUGGCGGUCCAAUUUCCAGUGUAAGAUGCUAUAAACGAUGGGCCUACUGUAUUGGGAGGGCAGAUGCCAGAGAGUAUGAAGAUACUGCUGAUCAGACUGAAGACAACUUCAGAUGCUAUCGCUAUCCCUGUCCACUUAAAGGAUAAAAUAUACGAAGCUGUAUUACAUAACUGUCUAGUUUCUAUAUAAUAUAUUAUGUCUUCCAAACUGAUUCCAAUUAUUAUUAAACUGCAUUA